UUGCUUUUGAUGAUUACUAGGUAUUCCCCAAUGCCUUUACUUUCUGUCUAAAUACAUAUUGUUGUCUUCCUGCUCCACUUAAUACCUUUGUAUCCGCUUCUUCUUCCAUCUAUAAAUAUCCUGUAUAUCGGUGGUUGCUUUGGAGCGCUGUCCCCUUUCGGGUUAAAGGCGAUCAGACAUGGCUCCCAACAUGCAAGGACCCAAUAUUUUCGACGAUGCUAGCCGUGUCCCGACCAAACCAUCCGUCUUCCGAGGAAUUUUGUCUUCCAAAGCCCACAAGAGGAACCCUUCCGCAGACGACGCCGCCUCUUGCAAAUCUCCCUACCAGAGCCAGUCUCCUCGCAGUACAUUCUGGUCUCCAGUGGAUCAGACCUAUGCCACCCUGGACCAACAGCCAUUGACCGAAAUUGCUCCGAAUCGAGACGCCGCGGAGUAUGGCUUGCCUCGGCAGAGGUCGCCUGGUAAGCAGGAAAAGAAUACUUUGCACAAGAAGACGAAAAGCGCUGUGUCCCUGAAGUCUCUAAGAAGCUACAUGGAGCGCAAAGACAGCCGAUCAGGGUCGCCCGAGAACGAGUCCGAAGAUUUGAAACCCAAGAAGGCUAAAUCAGCCAACAGUCUCUCAGCAAUCUUGAAGCGGUCUCAGCGCGGAAGAAAGGCUGAAACCUCAAAGAGUGGUCGGGAUAAAGAAAAUCGGAGCCCGACGGACCUAGUCGACCACAUGCCAUCACCUAUAUGGAACCAAUACGCGACUGGGUCAUUCUAUGACCAGAUUCCAGUACCACCCUCCCCCUCCAACCGUAGAACCUUCCAAGAAGAGGUCUCACUUUACACCCCUAAGGGGUAUGGACCAGCCCAGCAGCGUAAUUUUUGGGACUACCACCAACCCUCUCUCACGAACCGCGCCGACCCCAAGCCUCGUCCGAAAUCAGAGUUCCUUUCCGGCAAUCGCAAGGUGCGGGAGCUGUUUGGAUCACUGCAGAAUAUAUCCUCGGAGAAGCUCUCCCCCUCUGACCCAUCAGAACCUCCCUCUCCUUCUAAACGAAGGGGACGGCCUCGGGCACUGUCCAAACCUGAGUCGCGCCAAAGUACCGAGCCGCAACCAGAACAAAGCCCAAAAAAAGUAUCGCGUGUUCAAGCAGCCAUAUCCGCUUUCAAUGCGAAAGAACGAGAAGCGGAACUGCAGAGACGCUUGAACUCCAAGGACCUCGAGAGUGAAUUCGAGAAGCUUCUGGACGCAAGAAACAUUCCUCACAAUAUGAGGGAAAAGAUGAGGUCCUUGGACACUAAUAUCAAAGCGGACUUUAUUCAGAAGGACAAAGGAGAAACCGCUCAUAGUGCCAGUACAAGCGUGCAUACCAAUGACAGCACAGGUCGCCGAGGUCGCAGAAAGGAACAGAAAGAAGACCAACACAAUAACGACAGUAAAGGGUCACGGUCGCGAUCCAGGAGUCGCGGGUUCAGCUUUUCCAAGGGCUCAUCUCCCACGAAGAAACGGCCGGAGAGCGGAAGCUCGCAUCGACGUCCAAAAUCUGCGGAUUUCUCACAGCCAGGCCUCUCAAAGCUAUUGACACCGUCAACUUCCACGACAUCUCUCUCUGCAACAGCUUGCCAGGACACCGCAGCUGAUCCCUCGGACUUUGUUCAUUAUCUAAGGGAGAUCCAGAAGCCGGAGAUGAUGGAAGUGGGCAAAAUCCACAAACUUCGACUUCUCUUGCGGAAUGAAACAAUCAGCUGGGUCGAUACAUUUAUUGCAGAUGGCGGGAUGGACGAAAUUAUACAGUUGCUUUACAGGAUCAUGAUGGUUGAGUGGAGGGAAGAACAUGAGGAUAAUUUGCUCCACGAAACUUUGCUGUGCUUGAAGGCGCUCUGCACGACCUCAGUUGCAUUACACCGUCUUACAGCUAUUGAAGGAGAAAUCUUCCCAGCGCUCCUGAAGAUGUUGUUUGACGAGGAAAAGAAAGGACCAAGCGAAUACACAACGCGGAGUAUCAUUAUCAAUCUCCUUUUUACGCAACUUUCCACAGCAUCGUCAGCUGAGGAUGCCGGAUCUCGUGCCACCCGAAUCCUGUCGUACUUGCGAGACCCUUCACCACCUGAAGAAAACCAGCCCCUUUCAUUUAUCGCAAACAUAUACCAGUCACGCCCGUACCGUGUCUGGUGUAAAGAGGUUACCAACGUAACCAAAGAAGUCUUCUGGAUAUUCCUGCAUCACUUGAACGUGAUACCGAUUGUGAAAAGCGAGAAACCAGGUUUGAAAACAUAUCGAGAGAGGCAUUUCCCUGCUCCUAGGCCUCCGGUACCUGCUGCGCCCUAUGUGGGUGGAGUUGAAUGGGAUGCAACGAAUUACCUAGCUGCGCAUCUAGAUCUCUUGAAUGGUCUUGUGGCAUCACUGCCGUCAGCGGAGGAGCGCAACAAACUGCGUGCCGAACUCCGAGCUUCUGGAUUCGAGAAAGUUAUGGGUGGCAACUUGAGAACAUGCAAAGAGAAGUUCUAUGCUUCCAUCCACGAUUGUUUGCGGACAUGGGUUGCUGCCGCGGUAGAAGAUGGCUGGCCUUAUACAGCUGUCCGCGAAGGUCCACCUCGACCUGAGCCCGGAUCACCAACCAAAUCACCGAUCAAGGCGGCUAGUGGAAGCCCUAAGAAGGGCCUUCUGGAUGAGAAGCCUCCUCGACUGGAGUUGGCGUUGGAUGUUCCUGCUAACAACCGGGUAUCUCAGAAAAAUGAAGGACUAGGAAACUGGCUGUGAAGGUCAUUCAAUUGAUAUCCUGGAAUACCGGGUUAUAUAUAUCGUUAUUCGGCUCGUUGACUGUUGCGUCUCUCCCAAACGUUCCUUGAGUCUCCCUGAACGUGUGCGCAUGAACCAGUGAUGCAGCCAGUAUUUCGUUUUCUUCUUCCUCCCUUUCUUGUUUGCUGAGGCUUCGGUUUUCUAUUCUUUUUCUUUCUCUCUUUCUGGUUCUUUUCUUUGCUUUCCUACCAUUGAUCCCCUUGGUUCACUUUCCUCUCACUAUGACGGAGUCUUGGACAGGACGGCGUUGGCUCUGUCUUUUUGCUUUUGGAGUUUUCGGUGCAUUUUCCGUUGACUAAUGGUCACGGCGAAACGAUUUAAUGAAGGAACGGUGCCAUAACAUUGACGAGAUUUGACGUUCCUGCGCAAGUGCGUGUAAGGUGAAAUUCGUUUUUUCAUUCCUUUGCACAGACAUGUUAUAGUCCAGAACACGUUGGUACGACAGUUGAGAUGAAUUCGUAUU